AUGUUUAUCAAUGCUUUUCGGGCCCUCGCCACGGCCCUCGUGGCCGGCUCGCUGUGCGCGGCCAGCCCUACGGCGAUCGACGUAAGGGUCCUCAACGAGCUCGCCCCACGGGAUCCCAUGGAGGCAUUGCGCAACGGACAUCUUGAGAAGAGAUUAUCCGCGGACUUUUCUCUUGAUAGGCAGUGGAACAAUGAGGUCUUGUUCGGCGGCUCGUGGACCGAGGUCGACGAGCUGGAACCGAAGCACGUCAACCUCGAGGUUAUCUGCCAGGAGUGCUGGACCAAAGGUAGCGUCACCGCGAGGCUUACAACUGAAAAUAUUUUCGACCCUGUUGUGCGCCUCGAGUUUGACGAGGUCGAGGCUUACGUCGACCUCGGCAUCAAGUCAAGCGCUGCUGCUACCUAUGCCAUUGAUCUCUUCAGCUCGAGCACCCCCGUUGGUCUUAGUCUGCCCGGCCUCGAUAUCGGACUUGUCUUCCACCUCGACUUGGUGUUUAGCCUUGCGGCUGAGGUUGACUUGACCGGCGGUUUCUACGUCAAGGUUGCGCCAGGAUCGUUUUUGGAGACGGAUGUCUUCUCCGGGGACAUUGUCGAUCAUGUCUUUGAUGGAAUCGGUACCAAGUCUAUCCCGGUUGAGGUAAAGACCGGCUCGGGCACUUUCAAGGCUAGUCUCCGUCUCCGCGUGCAGUGCGGAAUCGAAGCCGAUAUCGACCUGAUCGGACUCGGCGCCGGUGCCGUCGUUGGCAUCUACGCCAACAUUGUUGAAUUCGUCACCGUUCUUGACUCCACCCCCAACUGCGCUCUCCAAGCCCGAGAAUGGUUCGAUCUUAACGUCGGUGCCUUCGCCCGUUUCGACGUCGUCGUCGACUUCACCCGCAUCGGCGCCGUCCCCACCGUGUCCACGACCCUCGUCAACUCGCCCACUUGGACGCAAUGUCUCCUCGGCGGUGCCCCAGCCCAGACGAGCGACGCCAUCCCCGACGAAAAGAACCUCGACGUCCUCCUACCGCUGCCGGCUUCUGGUCUGGAAUCGGACAUCUUUCCCACUCCUUCGCAGGCAUUGCCAUCAUCCUUCAGCACUGCCUUUAUCCACACAAUCUCUUGUGGCGGCUCUUCCUUUGCGGCGACAAUUUCUGGUUCUACUGGCCUCACUACCGCGGUCGAGGCGAUCAUCGAUCAUCAACCUUCUAGCGUCGUUAAAAUCCCUGGCGGCUCGAACUUCACGGCGACACUUUCUGGAGCUACUGGCUUCACCACCGCGGUUGCCUCGAUAAUCGACCUUCAGCCUUCCAGCGUCGUCGAAUCCGACUCCCCCGAGAUCAUCACGAGCGCGAACAACUCCAGUCUCGUCACCUCGACCGUCUACUCUACAACCGUCUACACCAUCACCAGCUGCGCCGCUGGAGUCAUCAACUGCCCCGCCAGCUGGGAACAGCAAAUCAUCGUCACCCGCACCAUCAGCGCCUUCACGACCGUAUGCCCCGCCGGCGCAAAGGUCACCUUACCCGCCGAGCCACCGUCUGCUGCCCCCUCCGCCAAGGUGGCUUCUCCCAGGCCAGGCGCGUCUAACCCCGUCGCUUACGUACAUGUUAUUACGGACCUAGUUGUUCUUUCGGCUUGCGAGACGCCGAUUGUCAACUCGUUUGUUGAGCCUACGACGAGGAAGCCGCCGACGCAGCAUACGGUUGAGGUUGAGGAGCCCUGGCCUACUGUGGCUCUUGGAAACACGCCCGUUGUUGUUGGCGCCAGCGACUUGGUCAUCGUCGAUGCCGCGGUUGGGGGUGCUUCUUUGGGCUCCGGCAAGGGUAAUGGGACGGUAUCAACGGUCAGUCGCAUAGGUGGUGUGAGUCCCACGGGAAGCGGCGUUAUCGGAACUGUUGCGAAGCCCUCCGGACCGGCGAUUGCUGGUGCUGGAAGGGUCGGAACUGCGAUGGGCGGAUUGAUUGCUUGUUUGGCUAUCUUUCACCUUUUCUGA